AUGCAAGACCGCUUCCGUACCCUCCUCGCUCGGCUCUCCCCUCUUUCCGCUCACUUUAAUUCAUAUUCAUCAUCCGAGUACUCAUACGCAUACUCCAACAAGUAUAGCUCGAACAACGCGGGUUUUUAUUUGUACCUGCUAGUGCAAGUUGCGCCCCUACUUGUCCUUCUCGGACUCCCUGCGCUUGCGCUGUUCUUCCUCCAUUGUGCUCGGCGGCGCACGAGUGGAUCUGCUGUUCGGCGUUUGGGAGGAAAGUUAGUGUGGUUUGUGUGUAUGGUCCUUGAGACAGUCUUUGGCGUCGCGAUUCCGCUCCCGUGGGGAUGGGGCGCUGGUUCUGGUAACGCAGAUGCUAAUAGCGGUGAAGGCAAAGCUGGGGACGAUAAGGAGAAGAGAAAGAAGAGGAAGGAGAAGGGGUGGAGGAAACGUAGGAGUAGUCAGUCUACAGAAGUGCCAGACAAGGAGUCGGAAGAGUCGGAUGACGAUGAAGACUUGUACUAUCCCGGGCUUGUCAAUAUCUCUGGGACAUACUGCUUUCUCAAUUCCGUGCUGCAGGCUACGGCGUCCCUGGCAUAUCUCCAGCCGUACCUCGACGCAAUCCACACACGCGCUGUUGACUUAGACGUACCCACUCCCGUCGUCGACACCCUCCAAGGAACUCUCCAAGCGCUGAACACACCCAAGUCGUCUCGCUCUUCUCUCCGGCCUGUACCGAUGAUCAACGCACUAUCGCAGCCAGCGCCGGGCACGCGCGGCCGUUCGAAGCUCUUCGCAUCGAGAGAACAUCAAGAUGCGCAAGAGCUCUUUCAGCUGCUUUCGGAGUGUAUCAAGAGUGAGGCGCAGGCUGUCGACGCUGAGGCUCAGCGGGAUCGUGGACUCGGCUCGUUUGCUUCGUCUUCCUCCUCUGCUUCAUCAUCUUCGUCAUUAUCGUCGUCGUCGACGUUAAGGGGCACAGACGAUGGAGAGGUAGAAUUGAGUUCAACGGGUGUGUUUGACGGCUUAACUGCGAAUCGAAGAAGCUGCGUCGCGUGCGGAUAUACAGAGGCGGUAAUGCAUUUUGCGUUCGCGACGUGGUCGUUAGCAUUACCCGCAGCAGGGUUCGGCGGGUCCUGUGCUUUACAAGAAUGUCUUUCCGAAUAUACAAGACUGGAGUUAUUAACGGACUGUGUAUGUCGACGAUGUUCGAUGCGCGCGACUUAUGCUCGGGUACGCGAGGAGGCGGAGCGUUUGGCUGAGGUGACGCGUGCUGGUGGACCGUCUGCGACGAGUCAGUAUAAGAAGAAGAAAGCGAGGGAGGCGAGGAGGAUGGAGAAGCUUGUUAGUGCUGCUAUUGAGGCAGGAAGGAUUGAGGAGGAUAUUAGGGGUGUUAAGAUGGAGAGGGUGAUUAGUUCUGCGUCGACGAAGCAGGCUAUGAUUGCGAGACCACCGAAGAUCCUCGUCCUCCACCUAAACCGCUCCCUCCACUUCGGCGGUCCUUACUCCUCACGCAACCCAAUCCGCGUACUCUUCCCAGAAAUCCUAGACUUAACACCAUAUACAACCUCAGGCCAACUCUGCACCGCGCCUUCCUCUCCUAUCUCUCCCCCGCCACCACCGACUGUCUUGAGCAUUCCGCGGAGUACGACGCCUACACAGGGGUUAUAUACGACGCCGAGAGUGUUGUAUAGGUUGAGUGCGGUGGUGGCGCAUUAUGGUGCGCAUUCGUUUGGGCAUUAUGUUUGUUUUCGGAGGAAGCCGAGGGUUAGUAGAAAAGGUUCUUGGACGAGUGGGACGGCGAAGAUGGGACAACCGAGUGUACCGCAGAUGCCUUGUCCGUAUGGGUGUGAGUGUACGUUAUGUACGACGUACGGACCUGUUCGCGAUUCUCCAACCAGCUCCUCCACCUCUGACAAUACCGAUUGUGAAGCAAAACUCCCGACGUACCGUCCACCUAAACCUGGGAAAGGAUGGCUCCGAAUAAGCGACGACGCCGUUGAAGAAUGUGGAAUGGAACGUGUGUUAGCGGAGGGGAGCGGCGCCUUCUUGUUGUUUUAUGAAAGAGUGCAGGUUCAAAAUCAGAGUCAUCCGAGUUCAGCAUUUGGACUUCCCCAGUCCUAUCCCUAUCAACAACUGCAAAACGCUAGCACGGUGCCGAGUUCGAGUAUUCGAAUAGACGGGAUUGGACAUCCAAGCGGAGUUGGAUUUGGUGGUGGUGGUGGUGGUGGUAGAGGGUUGGGAAGUAUAUACCAACACUUACACCUUCACAAUUCCAACGCUAAUGCACGCGGGACACCGAGGAGUUCUGAAGAGACUGUUCGACCCGCGGACGUGCUCUCUUCUUCAACCAACUCUUCCCCUUCCCCUUCCUCGUCCAUCUCAAUUCCCUCUUCCAUCUCUGCUUCCGAGAGGGCUGCAAGUGUGAGUUCCAGUGUGAGUAGUAGCUGGAGUGGAUCGGGGAGUGGAUGGAGAGAUAGAGAGAAGACUGUUAGGCCGAGAGUUGUUAGGAGGACGACUGCGGGGAGGAGGGAGAGGAGUCGGGAGGUUGAAGAGAGGGUGAAAGGCAAGGAGAAUGAAAGCGAGAAGGGGAAGGGGAAGGGGAAGGGGAAAGGAAAGGAGGAGGAAGUGCUGGUAAAUGAAGAGGAUAAGAAAGAUGAAGUGACAAAGAACGAGGAAGGAGACGGAGCGUCGUUGGAGGGCUCGAAACCGACGAUCGACUCGAUCCGAUUUACACACAGCACAGAGAACGGAAGCAAGCCUGAUGGAAAUGGGUCAGCAAUCCCUCUAUCUCUUCCGAACUGUCCCUCGAACGAGCUGGACGGGGAUGCGCGACAAGUAGGAACUGGUGAAGUUGAUUUGGAUUCCGUAUCGUUGUUAUCGGAGAGUAUUGUCAAAGUGGAGUUACCUUUGCCUUCUCCCCCGCGUACGCCGAGUCCUGGUCCCGGUCCCGAUGCUAUGUCGAAUCCGCGUCGAGACACAGAGAAGGAGAAGAGCUUGUCCUCGCCUGUACGAAAUUCAACCAACCCUGCUUCUCUGCCUUCUUCAUCCUCUUCUCAACCUCAACCUCAAAACGGCCAACGUCCGACACAAAUUCAAACACCCCGUACACCAUCACCUACACCCUCUCCGAUCCCUUCCACUCCCUCCCCACCGCCCUCUCCAGCUAAACGAAAAACAGCAAAGAACAGAGCUCGCGCGGCAAGGAAACACUCAACCAACCCUACCUCUUCCCCUUCCGUUUCGUCAAAUACCAGUGCGAAUUCAAGUUCAAACUCCGGAGGAAGUGGGAUGUUAUCUAGACCCAGUCCAGCAGACCGUGCGGCAGCUCCCGUUCCUGCUGCUGUUGGGUUACGUGCAUAA